UACCUGUUUGCCAGGGGGUUCAUCAGGGGCCAGUGUGUUCUGUGUGCAGGAGCAGGGAAAGCGGUGAUGGGAGAGGAUUCAGGAGCCUGGAUCCAGUCUCUGCUCUGCCUGAUUCCAAGAAAAACAAGAUGAGAGACACUCCAGUUGAGCAGUCCAUGAUGAACUUGAUCGACCUGUUCCACGAAUAUACCAAACCUGAUGAUACGAUUCACAUGCAGGCCCUGCUGAAGAUGCUGAAGGAGAAUUUCCCUAACUUCCUCAAGGCCUGUAAUGACAGGGGCAAAGAUUUCUUGGCCCAUAUCUUUGAGGACCAUGACAAGAAUAAGGAUAAGAAGAUCGAGUUUUCCGAGUUCCUGUCGCUGUUGGGCAUCAUAGCCAUAUACUACCACGAACAUAGCCACGGAGCCCCGCUCUGUUCUGAGAGAGGGGAGGACGAUGAGCCCAGCUUAGCCUGAGGCCUCCAAAAACCCCAAGAAACAAUAAAGUGUCUCUUGCCCAGAUA